UGAACUUAGUUACGGUGCGCGUUCAGACGCGGCAGAGCUCCUUUAAACCUGGUUUUAGCCGUUUGCUUGUACAGUUUUAGAAUCACUUCAAGUAGAGGAAGUUGUGUUUUAGAAGUUAAGGACGAAAAAGUGGAGGUUGAGGCGUAAAAUGGGCAAGAAACAAGAGACAAAUCCGGACUCCGAGUACGGAGAACCUGCUCAGUUUGAUCCAACAUUCAAAGGACCCAUAAAGAAAAGAGGGUGCACUGAUAUAAUCUGCUGUGUCCUGUUUAUGGUCGUCAUCCUUGGCUACUUAGCAGUUGGGAUUUUAGCUUGGCUCUAUGGAGAUCCUAGACAUGUUCUUUAUCCAAGAAACUCAACUGGAUGGUUCUGUGGCAUCGGACCAAAUGAAGGCCUACCCAGUGUGCUUUACUAUGACGUUCUCAAAUGUGCCUCAUCUGUUAAUGUUAUGGCAACUGCUCUUAAUGGCUUUCAGUGUCCAACCACACAGGUGUGCGUGGAAACCUGCCCUGAUGAUUUCUGGGCUGUGGGAAUAGGCAGUUUUCGAAAUGGAAAGCCUGCAAAUGUUUUCAAUCAAAGCCUCUGUGUGCCAUCCAUAAACCUGCAAACAACGAAUCUGAGUGUUCAAGAAAUUGUGGACAAGGAGCUGUGUCCUUUCUUCUACGUACCCACAACCUCUGUGCUGGGGAGAUGUUUGCCUGAUGUCACAAGACUGGCCGGGAUCCCUGAAUAUUUUUCCGAUGUUCCAGGCUUACCCCCGUCAAUCAAUGACACAGCCAACAUCAUCAAGAAUGGCACUGACACAGGGGACAUUGUGAAUGGCUUCAACGCCAGAGAGAUCGGCAUCCAAAUCUUUGAGGAUUUUGCAUCCGCCUGGCCAUGGAUCCUCGUUGGUCUGUUAAUAGCCAUGGUGGUCAGUAUGCUGUUCCUGCUGCUGUUGAGGUUCACUGCUCCAGUCAUGGUGUGGGUGCUCAUCGUCGGAGUCCUGGGUGCUGGGGCAUAUGGGAUUUGGCACUGCUACUGGGAGUAUGACAACCACAAGCAAGCCUCUGCUACCAUAUCUGACAUUGGUUUCACCACCAACUUCAAGGCUUACCUGCAAGUCCAAGAGACCUGGCUGGCCUUCUUAAUAAUCAUAUCUGUGGUGGAGGGGAUCAUUCUCCUGACCGUCAUCUUCCUGCGGACCAGAAUCCUCAUAGCCGUCGCCCUCAUCCAGGAGUCCAGCAAGGCGAUCAGUCACAUGAUGUCCUCUCUGCUGUACCCUCUGGUCACCUUUGUUCUCCUGGUGGUGUGUGUUGCUUACUGGGGUACCACUGCUUUAUAUUUGGCCACUUCAGGAAACCCGAUCUACAGAGUGGUGGCUCUCAACUCCACUGCCAGCGACUGCAAGAGCAUCAAUGGCUCUGUGGACUGUGACCCUCAGGACUUCAACUCAUCAGAAUACUCAAGCUGCCCCUUAGCCAGCUGCAUCUUCAUCAAAUACAACGACGAGGGUCUCUUCCAGAGGAACCUCUUCAACCUGCAGAUCUACAACGUUGUGGCUUUCCUCUGGUGCGUGAACUUCGUCAUCGCCUUGGGGCAGUGCACGCUGGCGGGGGCCUUCGCCUCCUACUACUGGGCCUUCACCAAGCCAGACGACAUCCCCAUGUUUCCCCUCUCUGCGAGCUUCAUACGCUCACUCAGGUACCAUGUGGGCUCCUUGGCAUUUGGAGCUUUGAUCCUGACCCUGGUGCAGCUAGUGAGGAUCAUUCUGGAGUAUAUCGACCACAAAACAAGAGCGGCGCAGAAUCCAUGUGCUCGGUUCUUAUUAUGCUGCUUGAAGUGCUGCUUCUGGUGUCUGGAGAAGUUCAUCAAGUUCCUCAACAGGAACGCUUACAUCAUGAUUGCCAUUUACGGGAAAAACUUCUGCGUCUCGGCCAAAAAUGCUUUCUUGCUGCUCAUGAGGAAUGUAGUAAGAGUGGUGGUGCUCGAUAAAGUGACAGACCUCCUCUUGUUCUUUGGGAAGCUCCUGGUGGUCGGAGGAGUUGGCAUAUUGUCCUUCUUUUUCUUCUCUGGUCGAAUACUGCUACCAGGCACCACCUUCCGCUCCGAAGCCCUCAACUACUACUGGAUGCCAAUCAUUACGGUGGUGUUCGGCAGCUACCUCAUCGCUCAUGGAUUCUUCAGUGUGUACAACAUGUGUGUCGACACGCUCUUCCUCUGCUUCUUGGAGGACUUGGAGCGCAAUGACGGAUCUCUACAGAAGCCAUACUUUAUGUCCAAAAACCUGAUGAAAAUCCUCAACAAAUCCAACAAAGCACCAAGAAGAGAUAGAGGGACGGACUGAAGGUCCUUUUACCUCUCAGCUCAUAAACCUGCGCAAACACUGAGUCACAGGUUUUUAGGAUAUCUUUAUUUGCAUCUUUUUCCAGAAGAAGUUUACCAAAACAAUUUUGCUGAUUUUGCACUUUUUAAAUAUAUUUUUUUUUUAUUUUGUGUAUGUGCAUAUGUAGUAUUAAUGACUGUACACAUGGAAGGACUGCGCAUGUGAGUCCAGAUUUGCAUCCUACAUGACACGUUUCUACGUUUGUUAAAAUGUUUGAUUUAGCUCAUACCGGCUGUUUUCUUUCUGUUCAUACGGCUCGGCAUUAACGCUGCACAACAUUUCUGUUUCGGAGUUUUAGACUGAUUUAACACGUGACACCUAAUCCAGUUGAAUGACUUUUAAUGCAUGUGAAGAUUAAGGUUUCUUUUCUAUUUUAGCUGAGAAUCUUUUGUAGAGGACUCCUAUAAUGUGAUUUCUUCAGAGGGAACAAAACAAAUUGCAACAAUUGCAAAAUAAAUAUUCUUAAACGUCAUAUUUUUAGAUAUUAUUUGUAUAAAAAAGGUUGUUUUAUAACUAAACAUUUUUAUGACCACAUUGUUGAUUAUAUUGAAUAUAAUGUAAUAAAGUUUUAAAUGUGAC